AUGGGCUAUUCUUUAUUUACUCUGCUAAUUCUGUCAAUGGCGAUUGUGAACUUCGGACUCAAAAUAAAUAUCCAAUAUGAAUGGAAAUACACUGAGUUUGAAUGGGAAAGUCAAGAGCAGAAGGAAGCAGCGAUAAAUUCUGGCGCUUACAAUCCUUACAAUAGCCUGUUGGCAGAUGCAAGUAAGGCAGACGAUGGUAGAAUAUUCAUUACUGCCACUAAUUUAAAUGGCCCUGGUUCUCCUGUUACUUUGACGACAGUAACUAAUAAGACAGGACCAGGAGGCCCAGUUUUACGGCCAUAUCCAGAUUGGAGUUGGUAUAAUAGCAGUUGUAUAUGUGAUGGUAUUGUAAACGUUUAUCGAACAGAUAUUAAAUGUAACCACAUCAUCGUUAUGGAUAAUGGCCAAAUCGGGCUCAAUCGAAUCUGUAAUCCAAAAUUAUUGAUCUUUGAUUUAAAAAAUAAUACGCUAGUUAAAACUAUUUAUCUUCCACUUGAUUUCGCUACUAACCGAACAGGCUUUGGAUUAUUGGUAAUGCCUUUGGUUUAUAUUCCCAAAGAGUGCACGCAGUUUCUAAAUAAAAUGAUUGUAUUUAUAGUUGAUUCGGGAGGUUCCGGUUUAAUAGUGUAUGAUUCGUCUACAAAGCAUAUGUGCAGAGUCGAAUCUGAUUACAUGAAACCAACUGAUAUUUUUUUCUCGGUAGCAAACAAAAAUUUUACUUUUGAGGGCGGAAUCUACUCUAUGACAAUCCUUGACGAUGAACUUUAUUAUAUUCCUGCAUCAGGAAAAAAUAUAUAUAAGAUAAAAAUAAAAACGCUAUUACAAUGUCCAAAUAAAAAAGAGGCCAAUAAACAAAAUAAAUUCGUAACUACAUUAUCAAAUCAAUCAAUAGUUUUGACAUCAACGGAACAUUCAAUAUUUUAUAGCAAUUUGUUGGAAAAUUCUAUUUUAGGCAUGAACGUUUGUAAGAAUUCUAUUUUAGGCAUAAACAUUUGUAAGAAUUCUAAUAAAAACGAGGUGGAACUAGCGCAAGACGACGAAAAAUUUCAAGUUAUAAAUUCGAUGAAAGUUUCAAAUUAUUGGAACGAAAUGAUAUGCAUGUCAAAUAGAUAUCAAAAUUAUUUGAUGAAUAUAUCAAAUCUAAGUGACAUAAACUACCGCUACUUUGAAAUAAAAUUAUCAGAAGUACAGAAAAUUAUGAAUCAGCACGUCUAUGUCUUGGAUUUUAAUAUAUUUUGA